AUGGCCUGCGUGCACGCGCAGCCCACGUGGUGGGCGCUGGCGCUCGCAGCGCUGGGGCUAUUCGUGUCGGCGCGCGCCGCGGCGCGCCUCGCGCUGUGGCUAUACGCGGCGUUCCUCCGCCCGGCGAAGCCACUGCGCCGCCGCUACGGCGCCUGGGCCGUCGUCACGGGCGCCACGGACGGCAUCGGCCGCGCGCUCGCCUUCCGCCUCGCCGCGGCCGACCUCGGGCUCGUCCUCGUCGGCCGGAACCCCGACAAGCUCGACGCCGUCUCGGCCGACCUCAGAGCCAGGCACCCGGGGACGCAGGUCCGCACCUUCGUCCUCGACUUCGCCGCCGACGAUCUCGCCGCGAAGGUGGACGCGCUCGGGGAGCUCCUCCGGGGCCUGGACGUGGGCGUGCUCGUGAACAACGUCGGCGCGUCGUACCCGUACGCGCGCUACUUCCACGAGGUGGACGAGGCGCUGGCGCGGAGCCUGAUACGGCUCAACGUUGAGGCCGUCACGCGGGUGACGCACGCCGUGCUCCCCGGCAUGCUGGAACGCGGGCGUGGAGCCAUCGUGAACAUGGGCUCCGGCGCCUCUGCCAUCAUGCCGUCCGACCCGCUCUACACCGUCUACGUCGCCACCAAGGCGUAA